AACCUGGGACCUCCUAAUCGCAUCUCGGGAAGAUUCCAUUUAUACGCUUGCGUGCCCUCUCUCUCUCUCUUUCAUUCUCUCCUUGGCUCUGUCGAGUACAUCGUCACUGGCGGAGGCGGCGCUACAAACAUUGAUCGGUUCUUCAAAGUCCAGGCUCUGCCGCUAGGCGGUGACAGAGUUCUUCACGUCUCGCUCAUCGAUCCGGCGCCGAUUUAUGCCGCGCUCGAUCGAUCCAGGUUACUGUAAGUGAGUGCUGCAUUUCUCAGGGAUCCUCCUUGAUAGCGCUCCUCCAUCGUUCCUUCUCCUCGAAAUAUCGCUCCUCCAUCGAUCUCUCCUCCUCCCGCAUCGAUCUUUGUUCGCGAAAUAUUUCUCUUUUCUCGAAAUAUUCUCUCUACUUGUCGAUCGAUUCCACUCUCCAGCGACUCUCACCAUGACGGAGCUCGAGAAAUCCAUGGCGGACAGGGAAUACCGCACAUCGGACACCCUGCUCGUGAGAAUCGCCGAGCGGCCCCUUGCUGUCGCCGCUAUCUUCUUCCUCACUGCUAUCUUCCCCUGGGUCGUCUACUUCUACGCUCCAGCGCUUGCCGAGGCAUUCCAGUCGACGAGCUACACGGAUCUCAUCCAGUGGCUGUCCUUGCCAGUGCUCUUCCUCCUCGUCAACUGUGUGGUGUUCUUCCUGUGGAUCAAUCACUCCAAGAGCAGCAGUGGCAGUGGCAGUGGCAUCGCUAGAGCUCCUUCCUCCAUCGCGGGGGAGAGCUUGAUCGGCAACAGCGAAGAUUGGGGCAGUGUUUUUGAUGCUCAUCGCCAGGUGAAGAAGGAUGAGAGUAGCACUACUGUAGCUGACAAUCCCAAGGCUCGGGAAUCGGACCCUUCGUUCUCAUCGUCAUCGGAAUCCGAGAGAGAGGAAGAAGAAGAACGACGAGAAGUUGAUGAACUUCGAAGAAAGCUAGAGCUUCCAGCAAGAGAAGAACAAGAGCCACAAGUAAAGAAGCGUCCGGCAAAGAAGAUCUCCUCAAAGCUCGAGGAGGAACGCGAUCAUCAGCCUCCGGCAAAGAAGAUCUCCUCAAAGCUCGAGGAGGAACGCGAUCAUCAGCCUCCGGCAAAGAAGAUCUCCUCAAAGCUCGAGGAGGAACGCGAUCAACCGGCUCCAUCUCCAACAGCAUCGAGGAAGAAGUCCGCCAGGAACGAGCAAUUGGAGUCGAUCGACGAGCAGAGAGUGUCCAGGCCGAGGCACAAGAAGACCCAAUCGCUCAAGCUGGACGCCAAGAUGCUGGAGGAGAUCCACGCCGCGGCGGACAAGGAGCACCAGGAGCAGCAGCAGCAGCAGCAGCAGAAGCAGACGCAGGCGCAGACGCAUCGAGUGACGAGGAGGAACUCGUCGCCCAAGUCGAGAACGCCCACGCCAUCUUCCUUUGGGCUGGAGAUGGAUCCCAAGCACGUCACCCGGAGGAAUUCGUCGCCAAAGACCAUGACGCCCACGGCCUCGUCGUCGAUAUCAACACCCUCGCUCGCAAACAUCGGCACUUACAUCCCACCGUCGCGCCCGGUCCCUCUCGACCGGGACGAUCUCAACACCCGCAUCGACAGCUUCCUCACCAAGUUUAAGAUCGAGCGCCAGGAAUCCAACUUGCGAGCCGCGCUCUUGAGCGACGACCAAAAGAACCGGUGAAAGGCUCUCUUCAUCCGCCAUGACCCCACGAAGGAAAAGAAAGCGGGACCUUCACUGGAUCUAGAGCGCGAUCGAUCAAUCGCUUCUUUGGAGAACAAGAAUGUCCACAGCUUUUUUUCUUGAAACACUGUGUAAGAAGUAAAAAAGGGAGGGAUCGAUCCAUCGAUCACGAGCGGCUGCCUCUACAGUCGAUACUAGUUUUGUCAGAGCUUUCUUGGUUUUCUCCUUUUUUAUUUGUUAAAAUGUGUGGAAAAGGCUUUGGCCAAGAUA